AUGGCUUCAGAUGUGGUUCCUGUAACAGAAAACCUUUCGGUGUUUUCCAUUGAGAGUAUUUUGGGUUUGGAGGGCAACCGAGCCGGAAACCGCGUGAAACUCCACCGACCUUGGGAUCAGGCAGAGGAGUCGUCAGAUGAGGAGAACAAAUUUUGCCAUUCACGACAUGAUCUCCUUCCUUCCCCAAUGAGUCCUACGUCCAGUUGGUACAUCGGACGGCGACCUCGAAGUGCUUUCACCGACAGCCAAGUGAACGUUCUAGAAGCAGUCUUUCGGGUCAACUGCUAUCCAGGCAUCCACUUGAGGGAACAUCUGGCCAGGAGGCUGGAUCUGGAUGAGGAUCGCAUACAGAUAUGGUUUCAGAACCGACGGGCAAAACUAAGACGAUCACUCAGAGAAAAACAACUGAGAAUGGUUCAGUUGGCUGUGGCGGAUCUUGGGGUCAAGGUUAUAGGUCAGAUCAGGAAGAAUGACCCACAGGCAGAGGUUGACGAAUGA